AUGAAGCACCAUUUGAUGGUCGGUACUUGGACCAAGCCCGGUCGCAUCUAUACGGUGCAAUUCGAUGAUGAAGCCCUCACUCUGGAGCUGGUCAAGAAAACUGACAUCCCCGAAGCUGAGCCAAUCUCAUGGAUGACCUUCUCUCAUGACAAGAAGGCCAUCUAUGGUGCCGCCAUGAAAAAGUGGAACAGCUUCGCCGUCAACAGCCCGACCGAGAUUGUUCAUCAAGUGUCGCACCCCGUUGCUGGCCACCCUCUCGCCCCCAGCAGCGAGACCAACACCCGUGCCAUCUUCGUCCUCGCCGCCCACAAGCCCCCUACAAUGUCUAUGGCAACCCCUUUUACAACUACGCCGGUUACGAACUACGAAUACGACCCCAAGACCGGUAUCCACGGCAUGGUGUUCGACCCGACAGAGACCUACCUGUACUCGGCCGAUUUGUCGGCCAACAAGAUCUGGACGCAUCUUAAGGAUCCCCAGACGGGUGAAUUGACGCUCGUGGACUGCCUGGAGGCCCCCGAGCCCGGUGAUCACCCUCGCUGGGUCGAGAUGCAUCCCAGCGGCAAGUACCUGUACGCGCUGAUGGAAGCCGGUAACCGAUUGGCCGUGUACGUGAUCGAUGAGCGCACCCACAAGCCGGUGUUCACUCAUAUCACGUACCCUCUGCUGCCCUCUGGCCUACCCCCGCGCAACAAGUACCGUGGCGACGUCACCUUCUGCACUAAGAGCGGGAAAUACCUCUUUGCGACCACCCGAUCCAACCACUUUGACGUGACCGGCUACAUCACCGCGUUCAAGCUUGGCCCGCACGGCGAGAUCGAACGCCAGCUGUUCAUCAACCCCACGUCAACCAGUGGCGGCCACUCCAACGCUGUCAGCCCUUGCGACUUCAGCGACGAGUGGUUGGCGCUAUGCGAUGACCAACUCGGAUUCGUGGAGAUGUACCGCUGGCGCGACGAGAAGCUCGCACGAGUGGCGCGUGUGGAUAUUCCGGAGCAAGGGUUUGGUAUGAACGCGAUCUGGUACGAUUAA